AUGGCGCCUCCCUUCAAGGUGCUAAUUGUGGGUGGAGGGGUCGCAGGGCUGACGCUAGCAAUAAUGCUCGAGUUAUAUGGAUUUGAAUACGAAUUGCUUGAGAAGCAUCCCAACGUCGCCCCCAAACUGGGAGCAGGAGUGGGUAUCACUCCCAACGGGGCGCGCAUACUAGACCAGAUAGAUGUUUGGGAUUCUAUGUGCGAGUAUGCAUCUCCUGUGAAUUCUGGCGUGGCGCUUUCCCCAAAGGGGCAAACCGUCAUUUUCAAUCCGCACAUGGGAGAGUGGCUGGAGAAGCUCUUUGGCUACAAAAUCCACUUCCUGUCGCGUCACGACUGUCUCCGCAUCCUAUUUGACAAGAUCAAGCAAAAGUCCAACAUCCACCUACAAAAAGAAGUGACCCGGAUCAGCGUCGGCCAACCUGGAGAAAGGGCACGAGUAGAGACCAAAGAUGGCUCAAUAUACACCGCAGAUUUAGUCAUUGGUGCAGACGGUGUUAGGAGUGGCGUGAGGAGUGAGCUCUGGCGUCAUGCUGAUAUAGAGAAGCCUGGCUACAUCCCCAAGCAGGACAAGACGGGCAUUGUGUCCCUGUACACAGCUGUGAUUGGCAUAUCUCAUGAUCCAGGACUGCCCCGAGGCGGAAAUGCGCGAGCGUACAACCAUCUACGGUCCUACUUCUUCUCAGAAGGUAUGGAACGCUCAGGAGAGUUCUACUGGUGGCUAUGCGUCAAGAACGAGGAGCCGAUCAAAGGGAUCGUCCCCAAGCUCUCCUCUGACACGAAGCAGGCUCUGCUAGACAAGUAUGCAGACGAUAACAUAGGGCACGGCCUGACUCUGGGAGGGCUGCACAAGAAAUCUACCUAUUCUACCAUCAUCCCAUUGCAGGAAUUUGUUCUAGAAAAGUGCUUCUAUAAGAACAUUCUCCUCAUCGGCGACGCCUUCCGGAAGCUGCACCCCGUAGCUGGCCAAGGAGCGAACUCGGCCGUAGAGGAGAGCGCUAUGGUGGCAGACAUGCUAUGGAAACUCCGAGAAAACGACACUCUACACGAUACACUCCGUUUCAACCAAGCAUUGACCGAGUUUCAGAAGGAGAGGUUUGUUAGGACGACAGCACUGCGAGAGGACGCCAAUCUGGUGCAGCGGAUGGAGUCCUUCGACAACCCAGUCAUGAAAUUCAUGGCUCUGCAUGUCAUUCCUCGACUUCCAUUCGUGGUGGCCUUUUUACCUCAGCUGGCUGUCUCCUUCACGCCAGCUCGCUGCAUGGAGCAUCUGCCGCCGCCCAAGGCAGGCAUGUGCCCAUUUUCACCAGAUAUGCAAGCGAAGCCAAAUCCACGGUCGCCUCUGGCCACAAUCUCAUGGAUAAGCUUCUUGAUACUCGCUGCAUGCUUUCCAUUGUCGGCUCACAGGUUUCUUUCAACUUCGAGCAGCAGCGUCCUCGAGUUCUCUCCAGUAUUCCAGAUAUACGUUUGUAUGAUGGCAGUAUCUAUCAGUGGGCUUUGGGUCGUCGAGUCUUAUAAGGCAUCGUUGCUAGUGUCACCAAUGAGCAGCUCUCUUCCAUGGAUUCUAGCCUCAAACUACUGGGGGUGGGAAAAGACUUUACCCGUCUAUCUGUGUUUUCAUGUAAUAUCGAGCCAACAUGCCGUACACUACUACACUCCACAGUUCAUGACAGAUCUCGGAGCAGCAAAGUCUCUACUGCCAUGCUUGAUAAUGGUCUACAGUAUCCCAAUCAUUCUCACCGCCCUGGGAAUCACCGAUAAUAGGCUGUUCGACUGGUGGCCUGUCGCUCAAUACACUUUCCCGAUACUGGUAUACAUGAGCAGCAAAUUACUUGGGGCAAUAAAAGCCGUUCCUCAAGGCGUGGAAGUUGUCUUCACCAGCGUCGACGUCCCCUACCAGCGACGGUUCUUUACCACCAUUGCUGUCGUUUCCAGCGCUGUGCACAUCACCCUAAUUGGGAGCUACAGUGCUGCUCUCUUCAACGAGGGCAUUGUUAGCCUGCUUUCGCCACCACUUGGGAGGGCCCUUGUAUCUUUGACCAGCCUUACUGUCGCGUGGUGUUGA